GCACAGCGUCGACCACGACGACAACACACACGACACGAUACCACUCGGAAAGGUACGGUCGGCCGCAUGCUAGCAACUGUAAGCAGUGGCAUAGGCAAUUCCCAAUUGUACAGAUCACUAACGGAAACGAACGCAAACGCAUUUAGAAAUUAUUCGUGCGCACAGCUAAUAGACGGAUCAGCGGCUGGUAAUACGGAGCGCUGUUUAUGACGGUGUCGCGGACGGGUGUAUUAUUUAGUUAUUUUAAUAAAGUGAGAAUUUGUUUUGAAAUAUAUUACGAAAAUUAUUAUACAAUACUGAAAUAUUAAGAAAUCAAUGUGAAAAGUUGUAUAUUCGAUAUUAUAGAAAACAACAAAAAUGCGACGGUAAACGAACGCAGUGAUUUUUUAGUGAAGAGGAAAAAUGUGAACAAAAUUUACGGUUUAAAAAAAAAAAUUAUAAAAUAUACAAAAACAAAUUUAAUUAAAUUAAAAACAGUCAUUCUGAUGUUUAAGGUGUAUUUGUAUAUCAUAAUAUAUGCUUGAACAAAAGUGUUUGAAUGUUGAAAUUGGCAAAUAUUAAAUAAACUAAACAUAAAGAAGCUCAGCGUACUGGCUUACACGAAUCCACAACUGUUUGAGUAGCACACGUUUUCUUACAUCUUUACUCUACACAAAGCGUCCAAAAGCAGUGACGCAUUUACAAACUGAACUUUCGCGUUUUACUUUCAAUACUUUUUAAGCCGCCUUCAAAAUGAUGAUGAACGCUUUCAUCGACCCCACGCCCUCCCAGCAUCAUCUGGCUUCCUAUGGGCUGCGUAUGUCACCGACUACACCGACCAAUCAAACGGAUUUAUUGGGUGGCAGCGCACAACAACAACACGCACAGCAACAACAACAGCAACAACAACAGCAAGUGCAACAGCAGCAGCAACAACAAGCGCAACAGCAACAAUCACAACAACAACAACAACAGGCACAACAAUUGGAUACCAGCGGUUUGAUGUCCUCAGCUAUGUCGCUGGGCACCAGCGUCAGCGACAUGUCCUCGCCCGUAAGCGCAUCUGCCGCCAGCGCUGCCGCCUAUCAGAACAGCGGCUACAGCCACUUCAAUACACAACUCGGUUCGGCAUAUUCAUCACCGCGCGAUUUUCUACUUGGCCGCCGCACAGACAACGAUUACAUGUCCGGUGCGGCAACAACGCAACUGGUUGGCCAAAGUGCCGGCACCACCGCUGCAACGGCCGACUCAAUGCUAUUCCCCUCAUUUCCCGCCACACAUGCCCAGCAUCCCGAUUUGACCACAUCCUUUGGCAAUCACCCGUUCCAUGCGGCGGCACAUCAUCAUGCUGCGGCCGCGCAUCAUCAUCAACAUCAGAUGCGCAUGGGCAUGGCCGACUAUGCGCAUCCGUAUGCACAUCACGCACAACAUCAUACAAAUUUUCCGUCGGUACAUCAUCAUCAACAUCCCGCCAUGUCCAUGCAUCCAGCUGGUGCGGGCGCUUUUCUACGCUACAUGCGUCACCAGCCGUCGGCAGCGUCUGCGAUUAAGCAAGAGAUGCAAUGCCUUUGGGUCGAUCCGGAUCAACCGGGCGGUCCGAAUGGACGCAAGACAUGCAAUAAGAUCUUUCACACCAUGCACGAUAUUGUCACACAUCUAACGGUGGAGCAUGUCGGCGGACCCGAGUGCACAACGCAUGCUUGCUACUGGAUCGGUUGUUCGCGCAACGGUCGCCCCUUUAAAGCCAAAUACAAGUUGGUCAAUCAUAUACGCGUGCACACGGGUGAAAAACCGUUUGCCUGCCCGCAUCCCGGUUGCGGCAAAGUGUUUGCACGCAGCGAGAACCUCAAGAUACACAAGCGAACGCAUACCGGCGAAAAACCGUUCAAAUGCGAACACGAGGGCUGUGAUCGCCGUUUCGCCAACUCUUCGGAUCGCAAGAAACACUCGCAUGUGCACACAUCGGACAAACCCUACAAUUGUCGCAUCAAUGGCUGUGAUAAAUCUUAUACUCAUCCCUCAUCGCUGCGUAAACACAUGAAGGUGCAUGGCAAUAUCGAUGAGAAGUCUCCCUCACAUGGCUAUGAUAGCGACGGCGAUGAGUCCUCCUCGUCCAGCAUUGUAACUGGCGGUGCGCAAACACCACCGUCCGCACGCUUAAAUGUCGACAAUAAUAACGGCAUCGGUAAUAAGUCAUCACCGCACUCCAUCAAAUCGGAACCGAGCAAUCACAGUAUUGGCGGCAUGCAUGGCGUCAUACAUUUGGGUGCCUCGAGCGGUGGCAGUAGCUCUACGAGCAGCUCACAUUUACAUCAUUCACAUGCGCAUCACAAUACCGGCGGCGCUGGCAAUGGCAGCGGCGGGGGGGCGAACAACAAUAACAAUAACAACAAUCACUCAACCAAAUCGCCAGCGCUACAAUUGAUGGCAUCUACAGCAGCGGCAGCAUACUUAGCACCACCACUCGGACCACCCCCCUCAUUGACGGCAGCGGCAACACAUCAUCAUCAUCAUCAUCAGCAAGCGGCAUCGCCAGGCAGCAGUAAUGCGGCAGCCGCUUCAAUGCUUGUCACCGGUCAUCACAAUCAUCAUCUGCUCUAUCAUCCGGCGGCGCAACAUCAUCCGCCUAGCGAUUGGUAUCAUACAGCAACACCGCCGGCAACCGCUGAUGCAAUGAAUCCGUUAAAUCAUUUCGGUCAUCAUCAUCAUCAUCACCAUCUGAUGCAUCCGGGUGCUGCGACCGCCUAUUGAAAUUGGUGAGCUAUUCCAGAGAGAGGGUGAGCGUAAGCGCCGAAGAAGUUAAGGGCGAGAAGCACUUGUCUGUGUGUAGGCUGUCGCAUCAUGAAACUCACGUAUGUGCAUGUAUGUGUUAUGUUAUGUUGUGCUGUGCGGUAUUUGCGACUAUUGUUGUAGUUGCAAAUCGCAAAUAGACACAUCCAUACACACACGCAUACUUACAUAUGGGCAUUGUAAUUGUAUUAAACAAAACCAAUGUCGAGUGUUAAUAUUAGACACUGCAACCGAAAUUUUAACCUCUAUAUACGAGUAUUUACCUGUCGAGCUUUAUGUUUUAUGAUUGAAAAUUAGUGUUUUGACUUGAAAGUAUUUUCGUGGUUUGUUUUGUGAUUCAAGCAGACAGUUUUUUUUUUAACUUUAUUAUGUUCAGUUAGCGCUUUUAUUUAGUUAAUCAGUGAAAAUUACAUAGCAAAGGAAUAUACAUAUAUACAUGUACUGCUGAAAAAUUAAUAACUGACUCACUUAAGAGGGCAUACAUCGAAUUAUCUAAGUUAAAUGAAGUGGAAACUUUUACAAAACUUACAAAUAAAUAUAUAUAUCUCUUUAACCAAACUUCAAAUCAUUUUCUUAACUUUAUUAUUACCCUCCUACAAUUAUUUUUCAUAAAAUUUUUUUCAUGCAAUUUUUUAUUUAUUUUUUCUUGAACAAAAAUGCGAACCAUACUCAAAUUUUUAACGCCACUGUAGCAUAGUAGUUGGAUAAAUUCCUCUCAAAUACGUAAGAAAUAAAUUUCUGCCUUAAAAUGUACUUUCAACGCCGCUUCAAAAGUAAAUAAAAAAAUUUAGAAAUCAUCUGGCAAUAUUCUACAUACAUACAUACAUAUAUAAAAACAGAAAAUUUAAUAAAUCGGGUAAAACAAAAAAUGUGCAUACAUAUACAAAAAUAAAAAUGAAAUAAAUGUAAUACACGCUAAAGAAAAUAUAUAUAUGUAUAUACUAGUACUAUAAUAAAAAUCUAUUUAACACAAAACCAAAUGGUGCCUGCUGCUUCCAAUGACAAAAAUAACACAAUAUUUCUCAUUUAAAAACUGAACUAAAUAUAUAGAUAUUUGAAUUUUAUAUGAACUAAAAAUAUGCUUUAUUCAUGCCAUAGUUAUUUAAUUUUAUCGCAAGCGCAGCGCUAGCCCUUUCGCUUACCAAACCACAUAAUACAGUGCAAGUGCUUGCAUUUAGCCCAUUUACAUACAAACAAUACCUAACUACAUACAUAUUGCAUGUUUAACGCGUGAUUCUUCGACUUAGUACUUAGUUUUCGACUCAUUACCUCCACAACAACAAAGCGUAUAAAAUAAUAACAAAACAAAAAAAAAAGUUAUAUUAAUGAUUAAAACAUAAAACAUAUUAGUAUGUAAAAUUAAUUGACAAAUAAGUUCCAAAAAUUGUAGUAUUGUUGUAAAUAAUUUUAUAUGUAUGUAUGCAGGUGCAAAUGUAAAAAUAACAAAUAUAUUAACGAAAUUAGUUUAAAAGAAAUUGAAGAAAAUAUGAGCGAAGAUUGUCACAAAACUGUUACAAAUUUAAAAUUUAAUUACUAAGAUGUAAAAACUGCAAAAUAUUUACUUUUCAGUUUGAUUGAUUCUUGCAUUAAAUAUUAAAAAUUUAAGUUUGAUUAUUUACAAUAGUUCUGUACUCGUAUAAGUGUCAAAUAUAAGAAAUAUAGUAAAUAAUAUAUUGUAUUUUGUGUAUAAAUUAAAUUAUUUUAAAUUGUUUAUAGUAUUUGCAGUAAUUACGCUGUUUAACCACGCAUUUCUACUCAUACGCGCUCAUUUAUUUGAAAACACAUUCACACACUCAUAUACAUACAUACAUAUACACAUAUAAAUAUAUAUAAAUAAAUAGUAAAUUUAAACACGGUCCAAGAGUUAUAAUUAUUUAACAAGCAACACACAUAAACAGCUACUAUAUACACACAUACAUACAUACCAUAUGUGUGUAUAUGCAUACAUAUAUACAUUAACAUACUUUAUAUUGUAAAAAAAAUCACAUUAACACGUAAACAACACGAAUAUAUACACAAAUAGUGAAAAACAUAGCAAAAUAAAUGAGAGAAGUGUAAACUUGGUAAACUUAAACAUAUGCGAAAUACAAAAACAUAAAACCUAAAAAUAAAUUACUAAAAAUAAAAAUAAAAUAAAUAUGUUAGCUAUGAAUAAUUCUUGAAAAAUUAGAAAUUCAUUUAAUAAAUAAAUAAAUUAUUAAUUCCAAAUGCAACG